AUGAGCAAGUCACUCCUGGAAUUAGUUUUGAUAUCGUUGCUGAUCGGCUCAGCCCUACUGACCCCGCCAACUCUUCCAACGGAAAAGAAGAUAAUCAAAUGUUCUAAUGGUAAAGAACUCCCCGAUUUGAACAUGCCCUUUGCGGAUGACAGUUUGACUUGGUCCGGCAAUCCGACUAGCGACAGACUGAGUGCAACGAGUGCCGAAAGUUCUUCUCGACCACGAAGGAUUCUGAACGGCCAGAAUCCAUCUAGUUCCGGCAAGCCUAAGGACGAUGAGCUUUCCUCAAAUAGAAUCCUACCGCGGCCGAUUGAUUCUUACAUUAGCAAUGAACCGCUGGUUUCAAGACAAUCUCAACAGCACAUACCUUCCGAACUUGAACAUCAAAGUGCACAGAAUUUUGAACCUGACGUUGAGGGAAAAUUGAAGAGAAAAAGACUAACAACAGAAAGUCUGCAAACCGUAUCAAACUCGAAAACCACCCGCAACGAUCAUCCAACAGAGGGUGAUAAACUCAUUCCGUCAUUCUUUAACGUUUAUGAUUGGGAUUUCGUGAAGGUUCAAGAUCCAGAGGAACUCGCUAUAAAUAGUCAGAAACCAUAUUAUGGCCUUGGAGAUUUUUUUACAACAUUGAACUUUCAGAGGAACGGAAAUUUCUACUUCAUCGAUGUAAAUGAAUUAGCAAACGUCAUCACUACGUUUGGCGAAAACAGAUUCCUAUUACCUAGGAUGGUCAAAACCAAAAAUAGACCUAAAAUCGUUGGCGAGAUCCUCUUGAAGCUUGCAAACGAAAAACUUAAUCUUGAAGCAUACAAAGUCUUCUCCGAUUCAUUCCUUAAACAUAUGAGAGCAAGACUUGAAUUGAGGAACAUGAUACACAAAGAAAGCAACAAGAGAUACGUGACACCCAAGAAGAUCAACACCAUCUCAAACUUUAUAAGCAAUGUGACCAAGAUUUCGACUUUCUUAAUCAUCAUGCGUCUCUCACUGUUCAAGCAACAUGCCGAAGGCGGAUUAAACCAAAAAACAGUGGAGAGGAUUGUGAUGUCCAUCAAGAGUGUGUGGGAUGCGAUGGAAGUUAAGAAUAUACAGAAACCACAGUGGGCGGAGAGGUUUUCGAUGCUAUUGCGUCUGGAAGAGCAAAAUCCACUCGAAAAUGAACACCCAAUAUAUGGAUCAGAUAAGAUGCUUCAAAUGGCUACUAGGAUCGUUGAACAUUGGGCAGAAGAGAAUGGGAGUGCCGGGUAUGCUUAUAAAUCUACAAAGGGCGGAAAUCAUCAACAGUUGGCUGAGAUCCUCAGUAACAUCAUCAUUUAUGCUAAUCCUAACUUUGUUUCAAAAUUUAAUCAAUCUUUGGCCAAAAAAAAUAAAUCUAAACUAAAAAAAACAAAACCAAUAUAA